AUGCGUGGUUUCUGCCUGCGACAGGCGAUCAGGAUCAUUCGUGCCGUCCUGGAGAAGUACGGGACCUACGAGAGCUUCGAAGUCGCCACGGGCGGGAGGCUGCUGAGCAAGUGCCAGAUCUGGUCCAUCAUCCGGAAGUACAUGCAGAAGGAAGGCUGCGUGGGAGAGGUGGUGGUGCAGCUGACCGACGACCUCCUGUCCCAGGCGGUGAUGAUGGUGGAGGACAGCCGCCCCACGCUGGCCAUCAACCUGGCUGGAGCCCGGCAGCACUGGCUGGAGGGGAUGCUGCGCCACGAGAUAGGCACUCACUACAUCCGGGGGGUGAACAACACCCGCCAGCCCUGGCACAGCUCCGAGGGCCGCAAGCAGUACAGCCUGAAGCCCGCCAACCCCACGGAGGAAGGCUUGGCCAGCCUGCACAGCGUCCUGUUCCGCAAGCAGCCCUUCCUGUGGCGGGCGGCCCCGCUCUACCAUAGAGUUUUUUUUUCCGCCCGCCUCUCCUUCUCCGCCCUCUUCCAGGACCUGGAGCAGUAUGUCCAGGAUGCCGGCGUCCGGUGGGAGUACUGCGUGCGGGCGAAGCGAGGCCAGACUGACACCUCGCAGCCAGGCUGUUUCAGUAAGGACCAGGUCUACCUGGAUGGGAUUCUCCGCAUCCUGCGCCACCGGCAGACCAUCAACUUCCCACUGCCGGCUGCGCUUGGGAAGGUCUCCUAUGAAGACGUCAAUCGACUGAAGAAGUUUGGGGUGCUGGAGAAGGCCCGCAUCCCCCACUUCAUGCAGGACCUGGAGCGGUACAUGAAGCAGCUGGACCACAUCGUCACCACCAAUGGCCUGAAUGAGGAGGAGCUGGAGCAGCUUCUGCCCGACUGA